AUUUUCUUCAAAAAGAUAUCAAGACUGCCAUUAUUUCUACCGUACAGCCUUGCGUGGGUUGAACAUCAGCAUUCGAGUCUCACCUUUAUACGCCUAACUACCACACUUAUACACUCACAGCCUGACACCAAACUUAACUGACACAAUGACUACUGAAGUUCGCACAUUUACUCCUCCGAGAGCUUUCGGUGACGCUAUCAGCCAACCCGUUACCACACCAGUUAUCACAACUUCGACAACACCACGCUCCGUCCCCGACCUCCAAAUCACACUCAAGCCCGCCAUCAGCCCAUCGCUAAAGGCUCGCCAGUACAGCAUGGACUCUACUCCUGAAGAGAAGCCCAAGGGCGGCGUCACAUUUUCCCACCAAGACAAGCUCCCCAAGCUUCCUAUCCCAGAACUCGAAAGCACCUGCCAGAGAUAUCUCUCUUCCCUAAAACCGCUUCAGACGCACAGGGAACAUGCCGAGACGAGGCGUGCUGUUCAGGAAUUUCUUCAGACCGACGGUCCCGAGCUGCACGAGAAGUUGAAGAAGUAUGCCGAGGGACAGACAAGUUAUAUUGAACAGUUCUGUAAGUCCCUUCAGCACACUUUUCGUAGAAGCAGUCCAUGUUCGGCUAACACACCUUCAGGGUAUGAUUCGUACCUCAACUACGACAACCCGGUUGUUCUCAACUUGAACCCCUUUUUCUUGCUCGAAGAUGAUCCGACACCGGCUCGCAACAACCAAGUUACCAGGGCCGCCUCCCUGAUCGCGUCAGCUUUGGAGUUCGUAAGGGCAGUCCGCAGGGAGGAGCUUCCACCAGACACCGUCAGGGGCACUCCCCUAGACAUGUACCAGUACUCACGCCUCUUCGGUACCGCUCGUGUCCCCACCGAUUCCGGAUGCCAGAUCCAACAAGAUGACAAGACUAAGCACAUUGUCGUCAUGUGCCAUGGCCAGUUCUACUGGUUCGACGUUUUGGAUGAUAAUUCCGACGCCAUCAUGACCGAGAAGGAUAUCGCCAUCAACCUUCAGACCAUCGUCGACGACGCCCGACAAACCCCGAUCCAAGAGGCUGCCAAGAGCGCCCUCGGUGUGUUGAGCACGGAGAACCGCAAGGUCUGGUCGGGACUCCGGGACGUCCUGACGAGGGAUCCCGGUUCCAACAACGCCGACUGCCUGAGCAUAGUCGACAGUGCUCUCUUCGUUGUCUGCCUGGAUUAUACGGAGCCAACCACCGCUGCUGCUCUUUCCCAGAACAUGCUCUGUGGCACUAGCGAGAUCGAGAAGGGAGUCCAGAUUGGCACCUGCACCAACCGCUGGUACGACAAGCUUCAGAUCAUCGUGUGCAAGAACGGCAGCGCCGGUAUCAACUUUGAGCACACCGGUGUCGACGGCCACACCGUGCUGCGGUUCGCCAGCGACAUCUACACCGACACCAUCCUCCGCUUCGCCCGGUCCAUCAACGGCAAGGCUCCCUCAAUGUGGGCUUCGACCAGCCCCGACCCGUCCAAGCGUGACCCCGAAAGCUUCGGAGACGUGAGCACCACCCCGCACAAGCUCGAGUGGGACAUGGGACCCGAGCUUAGCGUCGCCGUCCGCUUCGCCGAGACCCGCCUGGCCGAUCUCAUCAGGCAGAACGAGUUCGAAUGCCUCGACUUCCACGGCUACGGCAAGAACUUCAUCACCUCCAUGGGCUUCUCCCCGGACGCCUUUGUGCAGAUGGCCUUCCAAGCGGCCUACUACGGCCUCUACGGCCGCGUCGAGUGCACCUACGAGCCCGCCAUGACCAAGAUGUUCCUGCACGGCCGCACCGAGGCCAUCCGCACCGUCUCGGACGACUCGGUCAACUUCGUCCAGACCUUCUGGGCCGACGCCCCCGGCGACGCCAAAAUCGACGCCCUCCGCAAGGCCUGCCAGGGGCACGUCAACAAGACCCGCGACUGCGCCAAGGCCCAGGGCUGCGACCGGCACUUGUACGCCAUGCUCUGCCUCUGGCAACGCAUGCAGGACGAUGACGCCGCCAGCACCACCAGCAGUAACAGCAUGAACGGCUACUCCUUCGAAGACGGCGCCUCCACCUCCGUCAUUGGCUCGCCCUCCAAGGAUUCCGUCUUCUCCCAGUCCAUGGAAGACCAAUCUCAGGCCGGUGGCCGUGAACGCGGCGACUCCAUCAACUCCCACAUCUCCGCCACCCCUUCCCAGCGCGGCGGCGUCCCCCAACAACUACCCACCAUCUUCGCCGACGCCGGCUGGGACAAGCUCAACACCACCAUCCUGUCCACCUCCAACUGCGGCAACCCGUCCCUCCGGCACUUCGGCUUCGGCCCCGUCUCCGGCGAAGGGUUCGGCAUCGGCUACAUCAUCAAGGACGAGUGCAUCUCCAUCUGCGUGUCGUCUCGCCACCGUCAAACCCGCCGGUUCGUCGAUACUUUGGAAUCCUAUCUACUCGAAAUCCGCCGUAUCCUCCGCAUCGCCGCUAGGAACAACGCUUCCGCUGGUGGUGCCAACGGGGUUAGUGGUACGGCGAAUAAGGGUAUGUCCAGGGCAAGGGAGAUCGACGCGGCUGCUGUCAACCAGAAUGGAACAGAGAAGCCGGUUCGCCCCAAGAUUGGGAACAGGAUCAAGUCCCGCGGGAGACUGAUUACCGGUCAGAGCAGCGGGCUUGGUCAAGGUGGACCGACGAGCACGUACAAUGGAGGAAGUAGUGUGGGGAAUAUCAAGGGCACGGGAGGGGGCAGUGUUAGUAGUGCGAUGGAGGAGAGCGUGGUGAUGAGUGAGGAUGAUGAGAUUGGUGGUUAUGGUUUCUUCGACGCCGGUAUGCUCCAACAAGCGCUUAAGGCGCGCCAGCAGGGUCACUACCAUCAUUCCCACAACCAUGAUAGCAGCAGUGAUGAUCGGAGCAACCAGAGCAGACAGAGGAGAAGCAGGAGGGAUGUGGGCAAGAAGUUGCCUUUGAUUGAUUACUAGAGUAGACCUUGUUGUUUGCUUUAGGGUUUUUGGUUUCUUGGUUUUUUGAUA